UCUUCACUCCUGUACUGCAUCCUAAUAUUGCACCACCCAUGGUUCCAAUUCAAACUCCUAUGCUGACUGCACAACCAGGCUUUGGACCAAUUCAAACACCUAUGCUGUCUGCACAACCAGGUCUUGGACCAAUUCAAACUCCUAUGCUGACUGCACAGCCAGGUCUUGGACAAAUUCAAACUCCUAUGCUGACUGCACAACUAGGUCUUGGACCAAUUCAAACUCCUAUGCUGACUGCACAGCCAGAUCCUGGACCAAUUCAAACUCCUAUGCUUUCUACACAACCAUGUCUUGGAACAAUUCAAACCCCUGUGCUGACUGCACAACCAUGUCUUCAUCCCUCUGUAGACCCUAUAAUGACCCCAGAGAGAUGCUGGACCUCAGAACCUUUGAAUGUGGGGUCAAGUGGAGCUUUGGUUCCUCCUCCCACAAAGCCAUUGGCUAAAAAAGAGACUUCAGUACCCACUAGUCAGGUUGCAACCUUCUCUGUCACUGAUCCUAUAUGGAGUCCAAACUGGGAGCUGGCAUCCCAGGGACAGAGGGAGAACCAUGCCUCGCACAAGGACAAGGUACAACAGAAACGUUCAAGGAGUAUGUGUCGAAGAUCUGCCCCCACGGAAAGUUCUGCUGAUGGUCCGCUUACCCACGUGAGAACUCAAAGAAGUCGCAGUGCACACAAAGAAAGAAGUGGAGAGACCUCGGUAAGUAGAAGCAUGAUCAGAAUUAAAACUUUUCUUUUGUGUAUUUUUCUCUCUGUAUGUUAUUCAUUUUCUCAUACACAUGCUCGCAUACUCAAAACUAUUUACAGGUACUUUGCACUAAGGCUGGGUACUCUAUUGAAUAUUUACCCAGGAAUGCAUCAAUAUGAAAAGUUUUGGUCAGUUGCAAAUUUAGCAUGUUUUGUCACUGCUGAGUUGAGCUUUUAUUGUCAGUUUUGUUUGGAUCGUGUUUUGUUAGUUUCGCUCAGCUUUACUUUGCACAUGGACCAGCAAACAUUUUACAUAAGAGUCGAGUUCUUUACCAUGUUCUAA